CCCCGACCAUGAAGAUCCCGCUGCUGGUCUCCACGGGAAUCCUGCUGGUGGCCCUCCUGCCCUGCCAGGAGUGCAGAGCUCUCAGCAAGAGCCCGGUAGCCGCCCACGGGGCUCUGCACCAGCCACAUUUCUUCAAGCAGCAGCAGCAGCAGCAGCAGCAGCAAAGUCUGCCCGUCCUGCUCCGUAUGGGCGAAGAGUAUUUUCUGCGCCUGGGCAACCUCAACAAGAGACCCGUUGGCUCUUUCUCCGCCUCCUCCAGCAGCACCAGCCACCUACAGCCCGAAGCCUCCGCCAGCAACUUUUUCCGGGCGGCGGUGCCACAGCUGCAGCAGCUGCCCGAGCGCUCGCUGGGGAGCCCCGACGAGGGCGAAGCCGAGGGUGAGGCCGUGGAGAGGGAGAAGCGAUCCGAGGAGCCCCCUAUUUCUCUGGAUCUGACUUUCCACCUCCUGCGAGAAGUCUUGGAGAUGGCCCGAGCCGAGCAGUUAGCGCAGCAAGCUCACAGCAAUAGGAAACUGAUGGAGAUAAUCGGGAAAUGAAACGGCCCCUCCCCGCCUUGCCAAAGAGAUUCCGCAGUUAGCACAAGAAUAAUUACACCGUCCGAUGUACCAUAGUGCUGCUCUGAUGUCAUCUCUUUAU